AUGUCGAUGGAAUCCUACGCCGCCUCCCCUCCAGGUGAAUUUGACUGCCGCCCUCUUAGCGCACAUGCCAGCAAUCGUCUGGUGUACACAGCGGAGAACGAGCGUCAGACGGGACGUCUGCUGGCGGCGCAGCUUGCUGAAUCACCAAAAGCAAAUGGGCGGGAAGACGAAAAGCAAAAACCAUGA